AUGGCCAAAGAAGAAGAUGACGAUAAUUUACCAGAUAAAGAUGCGGCGAAAGAAUUCUACGCUAAAUACGAACCGAAGGAAAUAAUAGGACGAGGUAUCAGCUCAACCGUAAGGAGAUGCAUAGAAAAAGAGACUGGCCAUGAGUUUGCUGCUAAGAUCAUUGAUCUCAGUCAAGAGUCUCAAGAUGGUGUGGACACUCACACCAUGAGGGAUGCCACUAGGCAAGAGAUUAACAUACUAAGGGUUGUUACUGGACAUCCUUAUAUUAUUGAACUGCAAGAUGUAUUUGAAUCAGAAACUUUUAUUUUCCUUGUGUUUGAGUUGUGCAAAAAUGGUGAGCUGUUUGACUACCUUACUUCAGUGGUUACUCUGUCUGAGAAGAAAACAAGAUAUAUUAUGAGACAAGUAUUGGAGGGAGUGCGAUACAUUCACAGCAGGAACAUCGUUCACCGAGACCUGAAGCCGGAGAAUAUUCUGCUGGACGACCAGCUCAACGUGAAGAUUACCGAUUUCGGGUUCGCAAAGGUGCUUAAGAAUGGGGAAAAACUGUUUGAGUUGUGCGGCACCCCGGGCUACCUGGCUCCGGAGACGCUGAAGGCGAACAUGUUUGAGGACGCGCCCGGUUACGGCAAAGAAGUUGACACAUGGGCGUGCGGCGUCAUUAUGUUCACAUUGCUGGUGGGUUGUCCGCCGUUCUGGCACCGCAAGCAGAUGGUCAUGCUGCGAAACAUCAUGGAAGGCCGAUACUCCUUCACCAGCCCCGAGUGGCUCGACAUAUCCGAGGACCCCAAGGAUCUGAUAAGGCGGUUUCUGGUGGUGGAGCCCGGCGAGAGGAUUGACAUAACUGAUGCGCUGGAGCAUCAGUUCUUCCACACGAAGUUGUGGGACCAGGACGUCACGCCGCUCAAGAAGACCUUCUCCACCGCCAGCAGACGGAUGUCGCGCAUCGACCAGAUCGCUAUGGCGAUAAAGUCGAGCGGGUUCAACGCCCGCGCGCGUCUCCGGCUGGUCUUGGUGACGGUCCGCGCCGCGGUGAGACUCCGGCGCCUGCCCCACACCUCCGCGAGAGCCAUCCCGCUGCACGAGGCCCUCACGGACCCCUACACGCUCAGGAUACUGCGCAAGGUGAUCGACGGCUGUGCAUUCCGCGUGUACGGGCACUGGGUCAAAAAAGGCGAGGGCCAAAACCGAGCGGCUCUCUUCGAGAACACGCCGAAGACAGAAUUAAAGAGCUUGUACGUAAGCAACCUCAGCCGAUAG